AUGACUUCAAUAGGUCAAGAUCUUAUUUUUGCCUCUCUUCUCUUCUUCUUGCUUCUCUAUCCUUCUCUUGGUGUUGAUGUUGUUGGUGCUGGUACUGGUGCUGGUGCUUUGAACUCUGCUCUCUUCCCUCCUGCUCCUCCUCCCCCCAACUAUUUUCGCAUUUUUGACCAUUUGGCAAGUCUUUUCUCUGACUCUCACUUCCUCCUGUCUGAUCCUCUCCUUCUAGCUCCCUUCCCUCCUCUUCCCUCAAGAAUUUUCGCAAUUUUCACUAUUUGUUCUCUUGCCUCUUCCUCCUCUAUAGCAACUUUAAUAGAGCUAUAUAGCACUAUACACUGGUGUAAUGACCCAGAGUGGUAUCGCUCCUUCAAGAAACUUAUGUUAAAUGAAAGCUCUGAUGGCGCCAGAGGAGACGACUCUGCUGGUCUCAAGCACACUGUUGCCAAUUGGCUAAUGGAACGUACUCCCACACCAAAUCCUGCUAUUCACAGGCAAGACAAAUCUGGUUGGGGUUUUUACCACGACAUGACAGGCAAACUCCUGUGCCCAGUUGAUUACGACUGGAGCAAUCCCAUAAUGGACACUAUGACCUCCAAAAUUCUACCAAUGGUUUGUUUAAAGGCAUUUAAACGCAUGUUUACCUCUCCAACUUCCACAGACGAGGAACAACCUGUUGACUCGAUGGCUCGUUCUGCACAGAGCAAGAACAGUGGUACAAACCAUUUAACUCAAAAUGUCUGCGCGCUUUGCGCUGGAUCUUGGCACAUUGUUGAUGACAAAUUCAACAACCAAGAAUUCUAUGACAACAUCAUUGACUAUCUUGAGCUUCCUACAAUGCCUGAAGCAGCGAAAGAAGUCGACGACCUCUUACUUUGGUGGAACCAGUGA